AUGGCGAAGGACAUCGGUGGCGAGACUAUCGACCUUGACGCUAUUUUGCAACAGCUGGGCCCGUUCGGGAGAUAUAACGUCGUGAAUUAUGCACUGCUACUGUUCCCAAUUUAUUUGGCGGGAAUGUACGGUUCGGUUUUCGUUUUCGAAGCCCCCGACUUAAACUACAGAUGCGAGGUCAGCCAAUGCGAAGGCUUAAAUCACAGCAUAUGGUUAGAACACGCUAUACCUCGUGACAAAGGCGAUUUGGCGAAGUGCAAACACUACGAAUGGAUAGGCAAUAAUAGUUUAAGCAACGAUACGUGCAGUGCAGAAUAUUUUAAUACCUCUGCCGUGAACGAAUGCAGCAGAUAUGUAUAUAGCGAUGAAGAUUCAGCUGUAAAAGACUUCAACCUUGGUUGUCAGAACUGGAAGAGGACUUUAAUUGGGACGAUACACAACUCCGGUCUGUUCAUAUCUCUGCCCCUGACCGGAAUCGUCUCGGACAGAUAUGGGAGGAAGGUGGCCUUAUCCAUAGCGUCCCUGAUGAACGGUGUCUUCGGCUUUAUCAGAUCUUUCUCCACCAGUUACACCAUGAUGCUGACAUUUGAGUUCCUGGAGGCGGCUCUCGGAGCUGGCGCCUACAGCACCGCGUUUGUUUUGGCUAUGGAACUAGUCGGCCCCAAGGGAAGAGUAUUCGGGAAUACUAUAAUUAACGCUAUUUAUGUAUUGGGCCUGAUGACUCUUGCCGGCCUAUCCUGGUGGCUUCAGAGCUGGCGGCAGCUGCUUCGGGUGAUUUACGCACCAGCAAUGCUGGUAAUCUCGUACCUUUGGAUCCUGAACGAGAGCGUCAGAUGGCUACUAAGCAAGCAGCGUCAUGCCGAAGCGGCGAGGAUCCUAAAGAAAGCCAUGAAAAUGAACAGGGUAGAAUUAUCCAACCAAGUACUUUCACCGCUUCACGAGAUGAAAGAGAACUUCGACAAAAAGAGAGAUCAAGCGACAUUCGGACGAACC